AUGUUCAAAAAGAACAUCGUCAAUUUAUACAAAUGUACAUCACUCAUAAAACAACAAUCUCCAAAUGAGAUUCUGUAACUUAAGAAAUACACCUAAAAACAAUAUCUUAAACAUCCAAAACCUCACAAAAUCUAUCCAGGUUCUUUAGAAGAUCUCUAUUUUAAAUUUCAUUGUUAUGGCUCUAAUAUGACAUUUGAUGAUAAAAUGGAUAUUCUAUAGAACAUGGUUAAUCAAAAUAGUGAAUUCAAAAAUCUUUCACUUAAUGGUGUGUAAUCUAUAAUUAGUUCAUUAACUGUAGAACUUACAAGUCUAAAUUAUUCAGACAAUGAUGGUAAAUCUCGCUCUUUAAUUUAUAGAAUACAACAUUUCCUAGUUUAUCAAUAUCCUCCAUUAGAUUAAGUAUUAUGACUCAAAAUCUUGGAUUGCAGCCAUGGAUAAUUAUCAUAAAUAAGGUAUACUCAAUUGGUAUCAAUACACCGAAUUUACUCAUGCUGUAUAUGACUUUUCUUCCUUCUUACAUGAAAUAUGGCAUUUAAAUAUAGUUAAAGACAUUUCACAAGAAGCUUUUUGUGAUUUUAUAGGUUUUGUAGAAAAUAAGAAGAAUCUUGAUCUUUGUGAUCAUGAAUUGAAUAGAGCAUAUUAACAUCUUAGAAAAUUUAAGGUAUAUGCUACUAAAAAUUAAAUGCUUGUUAUUAUGUAAUAUUUUAUUCAAGCUUUAAAAUAACCUCCUGUAUCUUUAUCUACAUAUUAAUUCAUCUUCUUUUUUUGUAUUGAUCAUUUCAACAUUCAAGAAUUAGAUUAAGCUAAUCGAGCAUUAUUUCUUAAAUUAUUAUAACAAUUUCAUAUGGAACUCAAUCAAUUCUCUGAUCUUAAUAAACUAAUAAAUAAUUUUCAAGAUUACAAUCUAUUGAUUGAAUUAAUGUUGAAAUAUCAUCAAGAAAUUGAACAACCAUUUAGAGAUUAAUUUGCUGAUAGAAUUCUUAAUCUCUUUCUUAAAAGAGAAUUAGAGGAUAUAACAUAUGAUUCACUUAAAAAUUUAAACAUCUUAAAUGAAAAAUUAUAAAAUUAGAAAUGUUUUAAACAUGUUAAUCAUGUUAUCUAAAUGAUUUAUGAAUUAUCUUUACUCAAUUUAAAGAACAUCAAAUCAAAAAAAUAAGAUCUUCUUAGCAUCUAUUCAAUAUUUGAAAGAUUAGAAGAUAAAAAUCAAAUUUUAUCAGUUUUAGCCAAAUCUAAUCUUAAUUUAGAUGAUGUUAAUUUUAAUCAUGAAGACUUAGUUGCCUUCCUAAAAAAAUUAGAUGAAAGUGAUUUAGUUUAUUAUUUGACAGAAUUUUUGGAAUCCACUUUAACAUAUGUUGCUAAAAAUAUAAAUGAUUUCUAACCUGAUGAUUGGUGUUACACAUUUUAUUUACUUUACAAAUAUGUUGUCAAAGAUCAUGAAGAACCAAGUAAAUUUGAUAAUGAUUUAAAUAUCUUAAAGUAGUAUAUCAAAUUGAGAUACAUGACAAGUUAUAGAUAGACAAUACCUACCAAUAGUUCAUAUUAUAAAAUAUUAUCAGUAGUAGAAAUAGAAGUAUUCUUUGCUGACGAUUUACUCAAUUUAUAUUGA